AUGGAAAACUCAUCAUCAUCUGCAAACUCAUUCAACUCGAACUACAACCACCAAGAAGCUCCUCUUUGCCACUGCAGAAAACCGACGAAAAUGACCCAGUCGUGGACCGAUGAGAAUCCUGGAAGAAUGUUUUUCAGAUGUGAUACUCAUGGGUUCUCAAUGUGGGCGGACAAAGAGAAACCUUAUGGUUGGCAGAAGGUUCGAUUAAUUGAGGCUAGAGAGCAGAUUCGUCGUCAAAAAGACGAAAUCAGAGAGCUUGAAGCCACUCUUCGAGAAACUCAGCAAGGGAUCGAUUCGAGAAUUUCAGCAAAUGUUACUGCAGAAAUGUCUGCCGAGGAGAAGAAAAAGCGUGAAUUUGAAGCAAUGGCAUCAAAAGAAAGGGAGAAAUUGUUGCGCCAAUUUGUGGUUGUCUCAUGGGGAGGAUUCAUUGUAAUUGCAGCAAUGAUACUUACAAUGGUGAAGAAGUAG